UAACAAUUAGGUUUUAUAUUUUUUAACAAUAUUUCUUAAUAUACAUGGAAAAUGAAGACGAUCUAAACGUAAUCAAACAGCAAUGGAUUAGGGAACAGUGUGAAUUGAAGAAGAAUCUAAUCGAGGAAGAUACAUAUAACUGGUUUCAAAAAGAUCCCAACGGUGAAGAGGAAAUUUUGCUGAAUUAUGUUGGUGGUGUUGAUAUUUCCUUUGUGAAAGGCGAUGAAAAACAUGCUUGUGCUGCAUUAGUGAUUUUGUCAUACCCAAAACUUGAAAUUGUGUAUGAGGAAUAUGAUUUUGUUCACUUAACCUCACCCUACAUACCACAAUUUCUGGCGUUUCGUGAGGCAUCAUUUUUGAAUGACCUUAUAACAAAACUGAAGAAGAACAAACCAGAACUACUGCCUGAGGUCAUAUUUGUUGAUGGAAAUGGAAUUUUGCAUCCAAGAGGAUUUGGCGUGGCAAGUCAUCUUGGCGUUAUUUCAAAUACGUGUACGAUUGGAGUUGGGAAGACGUUGUUUCAUGUUGACGGAAUUGAGAAGAAUCGGAAACACUUAGAAAAAAUCAACCAAUUACAAAGGGCUGGCGACUCUUUCAAGCUUGUCGGUAACUCCGGGAAGACAUUUGGAGCGGCGUUUAAAAGUACGGAUGCUUCAAGAAAUCCAAUAUAUAUUUCAAUUGGUCAUAAAAUAAGUUUAGGAAGUGCACUGAGAAUAUGUGGGCUGUGUUGCAAGCAUCGCGUUCCAGAGCCUAUAAGACAGGCUGACAUUCGGUCUCGCGAGUUUCUUCGUCAGAACUACGAAACCAUGGUAACAAAAUGUUGUGCCAACGAGGAACAAUUGGGAUCUCACGGAGCAAAAAAUGAUGCAACAGACUGCGACAGUGAGGGGGGAUGGUGGAGCUGGUGUCAAAUACUUUAAUAACUAAUACGACUGGACAAUUAGAUAAACGUAAUUUGAAUAAUAAUAAACCCACUUACGAAUCAGUAAUCUUUUUAAAUAUAUGGUCUAGUUAUUACACUGCAAUUUAUACGUCUCAAAAGCGCAAACCUUUGGCCAGCCUUUCUAGAAUCUAGCAAACUCAAAUGUCAUUACAUCAUUAGCUACUGAAAACGUUAGAAAAAGAAACGUUUUAGGGUAAAUAGGUGUUGAAACAAAGACGUUUAAUGUAAUACCAUAGAUGUCUUGCUUCCUUCUGGAAAAAUCUCAGCCGGAAAUCGCUAUAAAGUUUUAAGUCUCAAUUCAAUACAAUACGAGGGAAAUAUCUUCACAGGAGUCUUGCAGGAUGUAUCCAUUUCUAAUGGCUUA